AUUAAUUAAUGACAUUGAGAAUUCACAUUGUAUUAUUCCCAAUCAUUUCUUAUUUCGAUAUUAAGCCUGUAAUGCACUAAACGCUCAGUAGCAGUCCGGUAUGAGGAGCAGUUCGUCGGUGUCUCUGGCGGGCGGUCGUGGCUCGGGCUCGGUUCGGCUCAGCAGCUCACCCGCGUGUCCGGUAACCGCUCCGGUGGACGCUGCCCUUGAAUAUUUAAUGGUAAAGAAAGACUUUCAGGCUGCUCUGGAUACGUGCGAGAAAGGGCUUGAGAGUUUGGGCUCUUUUGCAGAGCAGGAGGACAGCAGCUUCAAGUAUGUAGAACUGAAAGCAGCAUUGACUAUAGUGGGGAUUCAGGCAUUGGCGGAGCUCAAUCAGUGGCGUGGAGUUCUGCAAUGGGUUUUGCAGCAGUAUGGAGAAACAGAGAAAAUUCCUGCAAAGAUUAUCCAAAUGUGCAUUCUUCUCUAUGUCAAAGUGGAUGAGCGGGCCGUGAUGAAGGAUGCGGUCUGUGAUUGGCUGCACUGCUCUGGUAACAUGAGCCAGUCAGGGUUCAGCUCUGUGGCUGAGCUGUAUUUCCUCCACAUACUGGUGCCGAUGGGUCACACGGCUGAAGCUCUGGAGAUGCUGGAGACUGAUGUGGGUCGGCUGGCCUUCACUGAUGAACAGAGGCAAGCAGCUCGGAGUUUGGUAGACAUUCAGAAUGAGAAAAAUGCAACAUCAUCCUCUACAAAUCCUGAAUCUGUAGCUGUGACGACAACUUGUGCUUCAAAAAAAGAUAAACUGACUCAGCGGCUGACUUCCAUGAUGAGGUUGUUAUACCGAGGUCUUUCAGUAGCCAGUGUGAGAAUCAGAUCCAUCUCUCUGCGCAGAGUUUUCCUGGCUUUAAUAUUGCUGUAUCUUCUUCUCGUCCGUAUAGACCCGGCUCUUCCCUCAGCUUUCCCAUGGCUGCUCCGCCUGCAUGGACUCCUUCAGCAGACGUGGAACACCAUGUUUAGACCUUAUUACAGAGCCAACAGCCGGAGUUAGAGUUUUAAUGGAGUUAUCCUGGAACUAACUGUGAAACAAUGUUGCCACCCCUGAUUUGUAAUACUUAAUACAUCCUGUGUUUGUCAUGGGCAUCUCUUAUUGCUGCAUUUACUUAUUAUAGAUAAAAAAAAAAUCACUGAAUUAUAUCAAACUACUGAUAGCCUAUUUAAAAUGGAUGGUAUCCUGGAGAGAAGUAUUUCAUGCAGAUCAAAUGUAAUUUAAUUAUAUAAUAAAU